GUCCUUUAAUUGUUGGUGUGGUGUUGCCUCAUGCCAAAACAACUCCUGAACCUCUUCGUUUUCCCACCAUCAUCACCAGGGCCAUUAUAAAGGGACGGCGCCCGUGGAUCCCCGGCAGCAAAGCCAUGGCGUUCUUCAACGGCGGGUCGCGGGCGCUCGUCGAAAUCCUGACGAGGUUCCAGAGCUCUGAGAGGCCAAUGCCGGUGGACCACACCUUCUUCGAGUUGGGAUCAGUGCGAUACCAUGUACAGGCCUCGGCGUCGGACCCCGAGAACGUGUACCUGUCGAUAUCGACGCCGUCCCUCUUCCACGAGGCGUCGACGUCGACCUGCCUGCCGGAGUUCACGCUGCAGGAGGUGAGGAAGAUGUACCACAAGUUCGCGGAGAUCGUGGAGCCGGCCAGAGAGGGGUACGCACUGACGCUGAAGCUCAACUUCUCCGGCCUCACCAGGCCGAAGGAUCGCGCCAGGGCUGUCCGGCAGGUGUCGCUGCUGCAGUCCAUCGUCCUCGGGUCGCAGCUGAAGCACCUGCUGGGGAGCCUCGGCUCCUCCGGUGCCACCAAGCUCGUGUACAACCACCGCGACCCCUUCUUCGUCAGCAGAACGCCGGGGAAGAUCAACGCCAUUUUCCCCAUGCGUUUCCGGGACGACACGGACGUAGCCGUCGCCACCUCCUUCUUCCAGGAGCUGCAGGACGCAGGGAGCUCGUACGCGAAGGCGCCCAAGUGCAGCUGGUCGGCCAUCCCACCACCGGAGCUGCGGGGGGAGUCCGUGCAGCACCUCACCACCAACGGCGGCUUCGUCUCCUUCGACAUCUUCGAGCGGCACGUGAAGCGGAAGAGGGCCGCCAAAACGGCGUGGAUCCUGCUCAACUUCCAGGCCUACGUCAAGUACCACAUCAAGUGCACCCGAAACUACAUUCAGAGCAGGAUGAGAAAGCGGCAGGAGAGCUUGGCAGAGGUAAUCCAAAAUGCGAGGCUAAGGGGUGGCCAGGAUAAGAAGAAACUACAAGUGAGGAAGAAGAGCAAGAGAAGGCUGUUCAGCCUUGGCAAGGCCAAGAAACUGCAGAAGGGUUUUAGGUCCGUCAUUGACGGGCUCCGACGGCUCCGGCUGAGGAUCAGAGUGAAGGCUCUGGACCGGUUCAGGCGGUGCUUUGUCAUGCCCAAGCUCGCUACGAAGAAGCAUGAUUACCUCAGACUAGGAGCAUGAACAAGGAUCCCAUUCUGAUGUCAGGACACGCCCUCAAGCAUAGACAUUCAGAAUAUGAGUUUCAGGCUAGCUUUCUUCAGGACAAAGAGCUUUUGCAGGUUGUUUUCGUGCAUGUGCAACCUGGCAAUUUGGCAUUAUCAAGUACAGUGGUACUACAUACUACAUGCUAAAAGCUAGACAGCAUCGCCGUACAUGAUAAUGAUGUAACUUACUGACCAGAGGAAGGACACUUAGAUAAUUUCAAGGAUCGAUGUCGUGCAAGGGAUUCAUGGUGUUUUCAUGUAGUACCUAUUAAUAAAACAGAAAUGGCCAAAUCAAUUUUCUC